AUGAUAUCCCAAAUAGGAUUCUUGAGGAACCAUGUUAAUGAAAAGCUGUAUUAACAUAUAUUUAAUGAGGCUAUAUUAGAAGCUGACAAAUUCUUGCUAACACACAAUAGUCUAGUGAACAGUGAACAGUAUCUAUUGGCAACAAAUAUGGGAUUUUUGAUUAUGGAAGAGAUUUCAGAGACUUUAGAGUUCUCAUUGUAGGUCAUAAUUGAAGUUACUAUAGGUUAAUCUAAAUAUUUGAAGACUUAGUUCCUAUUAAUCCAGAUAUUAAAAUUAAGAGUCUUUAUUGAUAAUUGGAUAGGAUAUAGAUUAUUAUAAUAAGAGUUUUGGUAGUGGAAGAAGAACUAAAAACCACAUAGAAAACCUAUAGUUUAAGAUAAAUAUGUUGGAUCAUUUGACAAAGGAUAGAUAUUCAACACUUUAAAAUAAGCAUAACUCUAUGUAGAAAUAUUUUAAGUCUUUAAAUAAUAAAAAAAUUAAAAACAAUGA